AUGACCGGAUACGAUAAAGUUAUUAGUGACGAACCAGUCUCUGUAUCUGAACAGACCCCCGACAACUUCCUCCGCUUCCCGUCUUUUCCCCAACAGCCUCCCGAACUUCGUCGUGAGGUUUGGAAGAAUGCUUCUUCGGUUCCACGACUUGUUGAUCUUUGGUCUAACCAAAUCGGUGGCAGACAUGGCACCAAUUUCUUCGCCUAUUUUGAUGCCCGUCAGCCAGUUGCGUAUGAGACUCAUUCUCGCAAACCUCCAGCUGUGCGCUAUCUAUCGAAGGAAGCAGGACUUGUUAGCUUGGAAAGCUAUAGCCUUGCAUUUGGUUGGGAAAUUAAAGAAUUCGUCCGCCGAGUUUCAUUCAACAUCUCGAUUCCCGCGGAGAUCUAUGUGCAUCGCAACUGCGACGUUAUCUGCCCUAUGCCAACAUUUGCUUCCGAUGAGUAUGGAUGGUCCUCCAAUAUAUAA